AUGAACUUGGCAUCUCUUGGAUGUCUGACACUCUUUCUCUUGAUAGAGCUAUCCUGUCAUACGAAUGCAGAACAAGAAGAAGAUCCAGACCAUAUUUUCAGUGGUGAUGCAGUCCUCUUCGCCAUAAACGAAGUAACCAAUACUCCGAGAUCUUGGUUAGCCUGCAGCAAAAAGGAAUGUAGUUUUUCAAAGCAUCAGGCAACAGAAAACUUUUUCACUCACGCAAGAAGAGUGUUCCACAUCUACGGUAAAGGAAGGCUGACCACCAAUGACCCUAUUCGCUAUGGAGAUGAAGUGGCUCUAUUUUACAGGGUGAAUGACGAAGGAGAUGGCUUGUGGCUGGGUUGCGCGUCAGGAAGUAAGCGGUGUGGACUGGGAAACUGUCCUGGAUUGCCACAUUUAAACCACUGGAUGUGGAGAGGCAAACAUUCAUGCGACGAAAAUAAGUUUGUUGUCAGCGGAAGUACGGGCCUCCAAAAUGGUACCACGUCAGGACAGCCCCUUAGAACAGAGCACAAAAUAAAGAUCAUAAAAUGGAACUCUCCAUUGACUUCAAGUGACAGGAGGCAUAUGAGCGAAAAUUCAACAACGCUUAUUGAAACAGCCUUCCUUGACAACUUUGGAGUCUGGGUGAUCAACAAAGAUAUGAUAGACAAGUGUGGAAAUAAGCAUUAUGAUGUCCGUUACAAAGUAUGCGAUAAAUGUGGUUCUGAGCCUUACAUUCGUCCUAAGCACGAAACAUGGAAAUGCUGUGCUGGAAAGAAACCCUAUAAUACAGAAACAUCUCUCUGCUGUGAAGGAAGUGUCAGCGUGUUCUAUGGAACACAUAGAAGUGCAAAGGAGGCAAGAUGCUGCAAUAAUGCAGCUUUCUUUCCUGACAGGCAGGUUUGCUGUCAAGGAAAAGUGAGAGACCUUCCUGGACAAGACACCGAUGCUGACGACACUACAGUGCAAUGUUGUGGAAGUGAAUCUUACUUAACAACUCAUGCAACUUGCAAUAAUGAUGUUAUCACGUCAUUCAAACCAUGCAAGGUGAAACACAAAGAUCCCGUUUGUCAGACGAAUAAUUACUGCCCAAAUAAACUGCCAGCGACAUGCACUUUUCACCCUGCAAACGACGAAUGCUGUCCAAUUUUCCAAUGCCUAAACAGCGAAAAAGCUUUGCAUUUUCCAAACAAAGGAGAAGACGACUUUGUCAGGGUAUUGGGCAUGCCCAGUUUGAGGGCAUUUACCGUGUGCCUGUGGAUGAGUUCAAGUGACACUCAAGGGACUCCUUUCAGCUACGCGACAACAGUCUCGGAUUCGGGUAACGAACUGGUCAUCGAGUUCCGUGAGCAUUUUAGUUUGGUCAUCGAUGGUCAACACAGCGAGACAACAGUGUCGGCCAAUGAUGGUAUAUGGCAUCACAUCUGUGUAUCGUGGGAAAGCAGCUCGGGAUCAUGGACAUUCUACAAAGAUGGUAAGAUCAAACAACAAGGCCAACUCAAGGCACGCCAUUCGAUAAGAGAAGGCGGUUCGUUGGUGCUGGGGCAAGGCCAAGACUCGGUCGGCGGUGGUUUUAACGCUGAUCAAUCAUUCAAAGGAGUGUUAUCAAAUGUCAACGUAUGGGAUCACAAGCUUACUGACACACGAAUCGAGGCGAUGUCAAAAUCAUGUCUGCUGGAUGAAUGGAAUGCUGGAAACGUAUACAGAUGGCGCGAUUUCCUGCAAAAAGCCCCAGCAAGGCUUGUAAAAAAGUCUCCUUGUAACCUGUCGAGAACUGAAAAAGCUUUGCAUUUUCCAAACAAAGGAGAAGACGACUUUGUUGAAAUAUCGGGCAUGCGCAGUUUGAAGGCAUUUACCGUGUGCCUGUGGAUGAGUUCAAGUGACACUCAAGGGACUCCUUUCAGUUACGCGACAUCAGGAUCGAAUCAUGGUAACGAACUGCUAAUCGACUUCCAUGGGCGUUUUCGUUUGUCCAUCGAUGGCAUAGAAAGAGAACGUUUCUUCUACAGCGAGACAACAGUGUCGGCCAAUGAUGGUAUAUGGCAUCACAUCUGUGUAUCGUGGGAAAGCAGCUCGGGAUCAUGGACAUUCUACAAAGAUGGUGAGAUCAAACAAAAAGGUCAGCUCAAGGGAGGCCAUACGAUAAGACAAGGAGGCUCUUUGGUGCUGGGGCAAGACCAAGACUCGGUCGGUGGUGGUUUUGACGCUGAUCAAUCAUUUAAAGGAAUGUUAUCAAAUGUCAACGUAUGGGAUAAAAGGCUGUCUGAUACACAAAUCGAGAGGAUGUCAACAUCGUGUUCCCUGGAUGAAUGGAAUGCUGGAAACGUAUACGGAUGGAGCAAUUUCCUGCAAGAAGCCCCAGCAAGGCUUGUGAAAAAAUCUCCUUGUAUGCCGCCUAGAACGGGUGCGUGACAUAACACAGGCAGCAUACACUUUAAGAAAUACACUCUUUCUUUUUUAUAAGGAUAUGUUUUAUA